ACCUACAACAUCUGGGACCUCCGGGGACAUCGUCUGGCUACUCUCAGUUAACUCUGUCUACAAGAGAAGCUCCUCAAACUCUGGGUCUUGUUCCCAAGAGAUCAGUGUAAGCUCUGCUGUGCCACUAAACAAGAGAGACUGUAUUCCUGUACAGGGGGCAGGGUAUUAAAAGGGAAGAUUUACAGAUGGGAAACUCAAAUCAGGUUCACAACAAGAUCUGAUAGAGUCGCUUUUUAUAUCAGAACAUGAAUAUGGUCGGCCUUUGAAUGUACAAGGAGAGAUGUUUGCCUGUUUUGUCACUGAGAAAGGGUUUUAACUUCAGUUUGAUUGCCUCCGACUGCUGUGGCCUUUGUAUGAUUCUAUUCCCUUAUAAAAGCACCGAGACACACACGCCCGAGUGUGAGUACUCCAGUACGCUCACAGCUUUAACCAGUUACAUGUUCUGAAAGAACAUUGCACUAUUCACAGCAAGGGGAAACUACGCACAUAUUCCGUGUGUGGAUAGGCUUCAACUGAUCAUCUAACCUGAAGAGACACAAGGACACUGGCACCAUGGAGAAACCGUGGAAAUGUGAGGACUGUGGUAAAGGAUUCAAUUAUCCAUCCCGGCUGAAAUAUCAUCGCCACAGUCACGUUGGGGCUGAAAUCAUGGAGAAACCAUGGAAAUGUGAGGAGUGCGGUAAAGGAUUCAGUUAUCGAUCCAUACUAGAAAUUCACCGACGUAUUCACACUGGAGAGAGACCGUGGAAAUGUGAGGAAUGUGGGAAGGGAUUCAAUUAUCCAUCCCUGUUGGAAAACCAUCGUCGCAGUCACACUGGGGAGAGGCUAUGGAAAUGUGAGGAAUGUGGGAAGGGAUUCAAUUAUCCAUCCCUGCUGGAAUACCAUCGACGCAGUCACACGGUGACCGGCAGCAUGGAGAAACCAUGGAAAUGUGAGGACUGUGGGAAAGGAUUCAAUUUCCCUUGCCUGCUGGAAAUUCAUCGACGUAGUCACACUGGGGAGAAGCCGUUUACCUGUUCCAUGUGUGGGAAGGGAUUUACUAAGUCAACCAACCUGCUGAGACACCAGCGAAAUCACACUGAGGAGAAGCCAUUCAGCUGCACUUACUGUGGAAAGAGUUUCGGGCAGUUAUCCAACCUCACUGCACACAAGCGAGUUCACACUGGUGAAAGACCGUUCACCUGCUCCAAGUGUGGGAAGGGAUUCACUCAAUCAGCCAGCCUCAUGUUACACCAGCGAAUUCACACUGAGGAGAGGCCCUUCAGCUGCACUUACUGUGGAAAGAGGUUCAGGCAGUCUUCCGACCUCACUGCACACCAGCGAGUUCACACUGGGGAGAGGCCAUUCACCUGCUCUGUGUGUGGGAAGGGUUUCACUCAUUCAUCUGGCCUUUGGUCACACCAGCGAAUCCACACUGAGGAGAAGCCAUUCAACUGCACUUCAUGUGAAAAGAGGUUCAGGCACUCUUCUGCACUCACUGCACACCAGCGAGUUCACACUGGGGAGAGACCUUUUACCUGCUCUGUGUGUGGGAAGGGAUUCACUCAGAUCUCUCACCUGCUGACACACCGGCGAAUUCACACUGGGGAGCGGCCAUUCACCUGCUCCAUUUGUGGGAAGGGAUUCACUCAGUCUCAACACCUGCUGUCACAUCAACGAGUUCACAAGUGACUGCAGGGGUUGUGUUCUGCUGUUAUUGUUGCUGUUAAUCAAUUCCAAGACUGAUUAUCUGACGAUGUUUGGUUUGUUUCUGCUGAUGUUCAUAACCCCUAUAACUCUCUGCGUUUAUUAUUCUGGAUAUGUCACUGAUUUUGGAGCUGCAGUUAUAAAAGCACCACUAUCUUUCCUCUUAAUCACAAACUCUGAACAGAAACUUGAUUACAAUAAAGUUAUGAACUUUUAAUUCAAUCCUAAAUUGAUCUUUGGGACUAAUUCUACAAUUCAGUGUCUGAGAGGUUCCACUCUCAACUAGAGAGUGCUGUUUAAUCCUUGCUGACAUUUUUUACUGACUUGCACAUUACACACAGUGACACCUCCCAUUAUGAAACUAAAUUAUCAAGUAACAUAAACAAAGCAGUAAAAUGUUUUACAGGCACAUCAAAAAAGAGGUAGUCUGUGAUGUAAAUUGGGCCAUUAAAGGACUAGAUAGGAUGAAAUCACAGGUAAUGACAGAGCGAUGGCAGGAGUAUUCAAUCAUUGUUUGGCUUGGUGUUUCCCAGGGAGACAGAACAGGAAAACAUGACAUUGAAUGAUGAGGUGAGUAAUGAGAUAAGUGCAUUUAAAGUCAAGGAAGAAUGUAUUGAAUGAACUAAUAAAACUCAAAUGAGAUAAAGUGGCUUGGAUAGAUUGAAUCCACAUAUUUUAAAAGAACGUAGGGAAGAGAUAGCACAGGCAGUACUGCACAUAAUUCAUUCACAGAAGGUGUAGUGCCAGGGGUAUGGUGGAUAGCUGAUGUAAUUCCUAAUAUGCCCCAUAAUAGACUAAUGAAUAAGGACAGAGAUUGUGGAGUCAGGGGACACGUGGCAGAAUGGCCUGCUAGCUAGCUUCAAGACGGAAAGCUGUGAUUAGGAGUGACAGAAAGUGGGAAGCUGUGUUCUACAAGGAUCAGUGCUGGGACGACUGCUGUUCACAAUUUACAUUAACAAUUUGGAAUCAAAUGCACAGUUUCUAAAUUUGGGAUGGCACCAAACUGGGGAGAUAGUCAGUCCUGAGGAGAUCUGCAACAAGAGACAGGCGGACAUUAAUAAACUGCAGAAUUGACAAAUAAUUGAUGCAGAGAGAAUGUUUCCUCUUGUGGAGAGGAGCAUUACUAGAGGUCAUCAAUAUGAGAUAGUCACCAAGAAAUUCAAUAGGAAAUUCAGAAUAAACUUCUUCACUUGAAAGUGUUAACAAUAUGAAACGUGCAACUACAGGGGUUGGUUGAAGUGAUUACUGUAUAUGUUUUAUGGGAAGGUUUGACAAGUAUAUGAGGGAGAAGGAAAUAUCGGGUUACAGUGAUUGAUUUCGAAGUGGAAAGGUGGGAGGAGGUUCAAGUGAACAUAAUACCAGCAUGGACUGGUUGGGCUGAAUGACCUACCUCUGUGCUGUAUACCCUGUGUAAAGCUAAUCCUAUAUAAAGCUUCAACUGAUUAUCCGAUCUGGAGAGACAUAGCAACAGCCACAACAGGGAGAAACAGUGGAAAUGUGGGGCCUAUGAGAAGGGAUUCAGUUCUGCAUCCCAGCUGGAAACUCAUCAGCGUAGUCACACGGGGAGAGGCCAUUCACCUGCACCGCGUGUGGGAAAGAUUCACUGAAUCACCCAGCUUCCAGAAACACCAGCGAGUUCACACUGGGACAAAACUGUAAAACUUCUUAUAAUAAGUGUGGCAAGUGAUUCAGCCAGAUAUCCAGUUGCCAGAAACACACGUGAAAUCAUACAAGGAAGAUGUCACUCAUUGACUCCAUUUAUGGGAAAGGAUUCACUUGUGCAUCUGGCCUCACUGUCCAUCAAGUUGUUCACUCUACUCUCACUGUGUGAAAAGAUUUACAAGCUUUAAAGAUCUGAUGAAAUACCAACUCAUUCACACUAGAGAGAAACCAUUCACCUGAACUGAAUGUGGGAAGGGAUUCACUCAGUCAUCCAACCUGCUGACACACCGAGUUCACAUCUGACUGGAUUGGUUGGAUUCUGCUGUUAUCCUGGCCUCUCUCUGAGCCUGAACCAAACUGUUCAUCACCUCAGUGUCAAUUUCACCCUGAGCUGAUUUUCUGACCCAUAUCUGCUCCAUCACCAAAGCCGCCUACUUCCACCUCUGUGACAUCUCCCAUCUCUUCUCCUGCUUCAGCCAAUUUGCUGCAGAAGCCCUCAUAUUCCUGCCUUUUCUCCCUCUGGUCCCAACUAUUCAAAAGUUCUCCUAACAUUCCUUUCAUAUUCCAGCUGCUGGAAAUACACUGCUGCUUGUAUCCUAACUCAAAGUUAGUGCCAUUCACCCAUUACCUCUGUACUCACUGCCUGGGUGCAAAGCUCUGGAUUCUCUCCCUAACCAUCUCAACCUUUGUAACUUUCUCUUCUCUCCUUUAACAGGCUCCUUAAAACCUGCCUCUUUCACCCCGUGUUUGGUCACCUGUCCUGAUAUCUCCUUUUGUGUCUUGGUGUUGAGGUUUGUAUGAUAACGCUCCUGUGAAGCACCUUGGGAUGUUGAAUGUG